UUAUUUUAAGGAAACAGCGAUCCUUUUACAGAUGACAGAUGCAUCUGCCUAAGCAAGCUCUGGCUAGGGGUUGGAGAAAGUCAAUUCUAACUUACACUCUCACAUCUCAUUUCAAAUUCUUACACUAGUUCAAUGUCUACCUACACCACCCCGUAGACUUAAUCACAAUGUCAGAACAACCACUCGACACAGCUCGUCACAUCCGCUACUGGCAACGAUGUCUUCGUUCCAUACUUCCUCACCACUACGUGACUAAUGACAGUAUCCGAUUAACACUAGGAUUCUUUAUAGUCGCAGCUCUCGACCUUCUCUCUUCAUCAUCAUCCUACUCUGAGCCGCCGAGCAACCCAGUUAAAGCCUCACUCAUAACUUUAGAAGACCGCAAACGCCUACGAGCCUGGGUCUUAUCACUACAACAUCCAUACGGCGGUUUCUGCGGAUCACCACACCAUGUCCUCCCAGAGAUAUAUACCACCAAAUGGGACCCUAUAAACCAAGUAGAAUCUGCACGCGACCCAGCCAAUGCGAAUUUAGCUGCCACGUACUUUGCCCUACUUCUGCUAGGUGUCUUAGCCGAAGAUGAUGGCACCAAUGCGUUUGAGGGCGUUCAUCGGAUAAAGACGCUUCGGUGGCUUAAGACGUUGCAAAGGGACGAUGGAAGCUUCGGCGAGCUAAUCGACGAGGAUGGUUAUGUAGCGGGAGGGAGGGAUAUGCGGUAUUGCUAUUUGGCCGCUACCAUUAGAUGGGCUCUGGGUGGGGCGGAGGCAGGGGAAGACUUCAACGUCGAUGCUCUUGUGGCGCAUAUUCGACGAGGACAGACUUUUGACGGUGGUAUGGGAGAGAGCUCUACGCACGAGAGUCAUGCUGGCUACGUAUACUGCGCCGUGGCCGCGUUGUCCCUUCUAGAUCUCGCGAACCCCAACACUGCUACAGAACCUAAUCGAUAUAUCAAUGCCGGCGUCCCUUCUAUACCUUCCCUGGUACACUUUCUCGCGUGUCGCCAAUUCGAUUACCUCGAUCCCGAUUCUAACGACGAGAAUGAGGAUUCCGAUAACCACCCAUUACCGGAUCUAUCUGCUCUAGCCUUGUCAGACACACCUCAACUAUCUGGUUUCAAUGGUCGUUUGAAUAAGGUUGCAGACACGUGCUACACGUGGUGGGUCGCCGGUACGCUAGCGAUGCUCGGUCAUGGCAAAGUCAUAGACAGAGAACCUGCAAGAAAGUUCAUACUAGAGAAGACCCAGCACAUGAUCGGCGGGUUCGCUAAGCAUCCCGGCGGCCCCCCAGAUGUAUACCACGCCUACCUCGGGCUGGCUGCUUUGGGCACAUUAGGUGCCCAAGCAGCUGACGGGAAGGAACCAGGGUUAGGUAAAUUCGACCCACGACUAUGCAUAGGUGUCGAAGCAUCCGAGCGGCUCACUAAGGCACGGGAGGCGUUGUUAAACCCCCGUGAUGACGGUCACAACGACGAUGACCUGCUGGAGGACAUGGAGGAGAUGAAGAAGGAGCUCGAUUGGGAUAACCUACAAGAUAAGAUUAAAAGGCUAGAGGCCAAGUACAACGCCGAGGGCAAGAAUCCUCUGCUCGAAAUGUUCAGGUGGAACCCUAGCCGUCCGCAAAAGUUGGACGACUUGCUUAAGGAAACGUAAUGGGGAUAACUAAAAAAACCUAGAUAUUAUCGUCCAAGUAAACUUUGAUACCCC